AUGAGAAAGGCAAUGAUUUUUGAGAGCUAUUUCUUCAUGCUAUGCCUCACCAUCUUACUCAACUCAUCUUUAGCUUCUUCAAAAACAACAUGUCUCCCUGAUCAAAGCUCUACAUUGCUGAAACUAAAGCAAGAGUUUGAACCAUUGACAGAGCCAGAUUUGAUUGAUGACACAUCUUUUUAUUCAUAUCCAAAGAUGAAGUUUUGGAAAGGAAAGGAUUGUUGUAAGUGGGAUGGAGUUAAAUGCAACAUGAAAACAGGACAAGUUGUAAGCCUUGACUUGAGCAACAGUUGGCUUCAAGGCCCUUUAAGUUCAAAUAGCAGCCUCUUUGAUUUGGAUCAACUUCAAAGACUCAAUCUUGCAUACAACAACUUCAAUUCUUCAAUCAUUCCUUCAAGAUUUUCACAGCUUUCAAGGUUAACCCAUCUCAACCUUUCUUACUCUCAUUUUGUAGGGAAAGUCCCUAAUGAAAUAACUUGGCUAAACAAUUUGGUUUCACUUGAUCUUUCCACUAACUUUGAUUAUGUUGAUGGAAUUAAUCCUUUGUUUCUUCAAAUAGACACAUUUCAUCAUAACUUCUCAAAGUUACAAGAGCUUUAUCUUGAUCAAGUCAAUCUCACUUCACUUCUUCCUCAAUCUUUGUCAAAUUUGACCUCUUUGACAUCUCUCUCUCUUAUAGAAUGUGAUUUGUAUGGUGACUUUCCAAGCAACAUUUUUCUAUUGCCUAAUAUACAACUCAUUCAUUUGAGAAACAACUAUAUGCUCAAUGGUUUUCUCCCAACAUUUCAUUCCACUAGCAAUCUAAAGGACUAUUCCAUCCUCAAUUGGGAAUCUUUCCCAUUUGGUAAAUUUGGAUUUUCAAUUCACCAACCUUACUGGUCAACUUCCAUCCACUUUUGGAAAUCUUUCCAAACUUGA